AAACAUUGGCGUGCUUAAAUCGAGAGCCAAAAAGCGUUCUUUUCGACGCUAGAAAUAUUCAACAGAUAUUAAAUUUACGAAUUAAAAUUAUGAACACUAAAAUUGUGUUUGUAAUUGUCAUUAUUUUUCUCAUAUGAUUUAAAUACUGGUGUUGAAAGUAAAUGAACUUCUACAAUGUGCGUUAAAACGAGGAAAAUUUUGUUGUGAAUACGUGAAAAUCUGAAAACAGUAACUGAACAAAUCGACAAUGGAUUUGGACAUUUCGAGGCAAAUUCAAAGGAAUAGAGAAAUACAACUUACUAGACCGCUGACCAUAAUAGCCAAAAUUGCCUUUAACGUGGGUGAUUUCUGUAAGGAUUUCCAACCGUCGUAAAUAUAUUUAUCAAUUCUAAACAAGGCGAGGAUAGGCUAAGAUUACCGCUUAUACAGGUCAUAUACCAAAGUAAGCUUUACAGGCAUGAAAAACACUAAGAAUUGAAAUGAGAUGUAGCUGUGCAAUGCUGAUAUCCUGGACUGAUCAUGGCUACCCAACUGCUUUGUCCAACUCUAUCACGAUCAAAAAUUAAAAACUGGAUUAAGUCUGGAUUAUGCGUUUUAUUUACGAAAAAAGGUAUUGAGCCUUUUGUUUAUGAUGAAAUACAACAGUUCCAACAGAAAUGUUUGAACGACAUUUGCAACAACAAUGGACUUGCUGCUGGUACCACAUGUUCUAGUUGUUGUACAGAAAACGUUGUUGUUUGUCCUACGAAUAGGAUUUGUAAUGCAAGACGCGGGAAAUGCAGCUUCCAUAGAAAUUCUGCAACGCAAUAUCUCCCAUCUGGUUGUCCUAGCAAGAUAUGUCAUAAUUUCAAAAGCGAAAUCCAGAAUGCUCAUAGAUUCCACGGCCCAUCCUAUAAAAACACUGAUGCCACUGAGUGGUGCACCAAUCCGUGGGAAGUUGCUAAAUGUUUCAUGCCGCCAGAUAGUUACAAGGAUGUGACAAGUGCAGCAGAAACGGAUUUCAAUGGUAUCAGCAGUGUUAUCAUCAACCAUAAAGCGUUCCAUUCAAAAGUUCACGACGACCUUGGCAAGGAGAACAAUAUCUUUCACAAGGCUAGGGAGGCUGGCAAAGCUGUUCGACAAUCCUCAUAUUUUGGGGUGGAAGACGGAGACCUUCAAUAUUAUUUUAGCACCUUUCAGAGACUGCUGUCAGAUUCUGGAUAUUUGGCAACAAAUUCAUCAUCACAGAAUGCUAGAGAGAAUUUAUCACAGCUUCAGAGUGAUACCUUGGUCUUACGUAUAGAAGAUAUCCGAAAAGUGCUGGAUGACUUUGGCAAGGUGGGUGAAAACGAACUAAACACUGAAAAUCAUGAACACGCCAAGGAUUCUGUAAAAAAGUUAGAACUUAUCAAAAUUAUUAAAAGCUGUGUCAGUGCUUUUGAAACACAGGGUAAAUUAUCUAUGUCUGACCUAGAUAAAGCUAUAGACUCUGCAAUUGAUGAAAUAGAAAUAAAAACAAAUAAAUCUAUUAUAAAGAUGCAAUCGGGUGCAGUGAGUGAGUUGGGAUUUACGGCGAAUCGACACGAAAUGGUCAUAUAUAGCCGAGUCAAUCGGGUACAGGAAAUGAAGGAACUGAAGAUCAUGACAGAAGAAGAUAUUAACAGGAAGGGCAAGGAAGAUGUUCAAAAAAUGGAAAAAGAAGUCGAUAAUGGAGAAAAAAGAAUUUCACUAGAAACUGAUAACACUAAGAGAAAGAUAAAAGAAGAAACUGGACUAGAAGUUAAAAGGUUGAAAACAGACGUAAGAGCUGGAGCGCAACCGUUUGAAACUGACUCUGAUGUGACAAAAGUUGCAUCAAAGUCUAAACAUGCUGUAAAGCAGAUAGAAGAAAUCAGGGACGAAGGAGCUAAAGACUAUAGAACGGAAACAAAGUCUAGAAUGGAAAACUUCGUACAAGUGACCAAAGAUAUUGCGAAACAAACAGAGGUAGCUGACGUUGAAAUAGCCGAUGUCGAGGUAGAAACGAUUUCAUCGAAAUCUGCUGAAGUAUUUUCGAAAAAACAGGAGACAUUGACAGUGGCAAAUGAAGAUGAAAAAAAUCGAACAGAUUUACCAUCCGAUUCGGAUCUAGCUAAGAUUGUGAAGGCAAUAGGAAUUAACUGGGAGCUACUAGGACCACACCUUGAUCUACGUACAGCGGAGAUUGACCAUAUAAAAAUGGACAAUGAUACUACGGAGAAACAGAUACAUAAAAUGCUACACGUCUGGCGGCAAGAUCAAGGACUGAAUGGCACUAAACAGAAGCUUUUCUCUGCCUUUAGUAAUGAACUGUCUACAUAUAUUGACUGGGAAGCACUUGAGCAAUCUUUCCCUGACGCUUCAAAAUACAAGCCAAAAGAAAAAAGUAUGUAUAUAUUAUCUGGAACCAGUAACUAUUUACGUGAAAAGAGUACCAGUAAUGUUUCAUUUAGUAAGACAUUUAAACGACAAUGUUGUUACUUAUGAGAUAGCAAGUGUUGCAAGCAUAUUUGCGAUUUACGAACCUAAUGAUAUUCGUUAAAUAUCAAUAACAGAAAUUUAAAAAAUCAUCAAAAUAUGUUUCUGUCUUUGAGUCGAUAGACUCAAUUAAGAGUUUUCUAUAAAAGAAAAACGUUUUCAAAUAAAAUUGUUAUGAUAAAGUAGACUAAUAGAAAAGAAAUUGUUUUACCUGUCUGACAAAUUUCCAUUUUUUAAUCAGUCUCUUUUUUACCUAAACAGAACCGCUAGCAGUUUAUGCGAUAGAAACAAUAUGUUAUUCCUCUCUGCAAAAAAAAAAAAAUAAAUAAAUAAAUAAAUAAAUGGUUAUGUUUUCCUUAUAUGUAAAAGAAUUGCAACAUGCAAACUUAAAACUUUUGAAAUAUCAAGGUGUUGUCUGCUGACUUAAUUUAAUAUUCAAACUUGAAAAUUCAAAUUUUUGAACUACAUAAAUACAACUUUGCCAUAAUUACUUAAGUUUAGUCUAAAAAAACUCAUGCAUGUUCAAUUAUUACUACAGCAAACACUUGCACUUCGAAAAAGGACAGCCUUAAUUCAUGAUAUUGUUGUGCAGUGAAAAAUCAGAAAAAUCGUUAAAAACCAGAUAGCACAAAAAUGUAUAUCUUUUAACAUAGAAACUACAAUAAGGAUAAAUUAUUCAAUAUGUUUAUGUUGCUAAAGUUUUAAAUAACGAAUAUUCUUUUUAUGUUUUCAUGACACUUGUCAAAACUUUAUUGUUGUCUCAACUUUGACACAUUUAUGCACUUUAAUCUUUGAUAGUCCAGAAUGUGCUAAAAGGCUUCUAAAUCUAUUUGUGAUAGGGUCAUUGUGACUGACUUGAUAAUUUAAAUGUUAAGACUUCCUGACUGAUAAGGUGUUGAUUGCUGUCAAAACUUCUUAAUAUUUCAAAUACCUGUAAUUUUAUUACCCUGUAUGCUUUCUUGAAUUUGAUUGGUUUAUACUGUUAAUUGCACUUACAAUAAGGAUCAUUUCAAUUGGUCAGUUAUUAUAUACUGAGAAAAAAUAUAUUUUAAAGACAGUAAGUUUAAGAAGAUAGAUUUGGAUUUCCAAGUGAUAACAUUGUGGUUCUCCACUGGAAAAUAAAUUGAUACUCUUUUUAAAUAUAUGUACUUUAGUUGUUAACGUCAGGAUAACCUUUGACAAACUUGUUAUUCUUUAAACUGUGUGGUUUUCCCCGGACGAAUAAUAAAGAAGAAAAUCUGGAACUGUAUUUUAUCAUUUGAACAUAACAAGUAGUGCCAGUAACAUCAUAAUACCUUUAACAUCCAUCAUAAUUUUUCGGCAUUACACGUGGCGGUGAACAGUGGUCUUUCCCAACCUCUCAAUUAGCAAGCGAGAUACGAAAAAAUCCCCAGAGAAAAUGACAAUAAAAAUGUGCGGUGGAUUACCACUAAGAAAUUCAUGUCAACAGUGUGGACUUAAACACGACCAAAAGUGUUAUGCUGAGACAGCAACAUGCAACAGAUGCAACAAAAUUGGACAUUACGCGAGAGUUUGUAAAUCUAAAGAUUACAAAAUCACAUUAUUGCACAUUCACUUAUUACAAACAUAAAACUUGCAUUUCCAUCAUAAAUCUUGUACAUCAAAUUAUCGAAACCUUUCACUCGCGCGCCUUCAAUUACUACAACUUCAAAUCCUUGCACCAAAACUCAUCACAAAGUUCUCCAGUUAUCACAACCAUUGCACCCCAAUUUACCACAGCUUUAAACUAGGCAUUUCAAAUGAUCAAAACUUUAAACUCCUAAAUUUAUAUGAUAACAAACUUAAACACUUUCACUUCGAAUUAACAACACAUUAAACUAUUCGGAGCCAAAAGCCACAAUCGAAUACGCCUACACCAUCACCUGUCAGAAACAUUCAAUUUUUUGUUCCUCUGACUGUUACAAAUUUUAACUAUUGUGUCAAACUAUCACUAUAUUCAGUUCUUGCAUCUUCACUUAACACAAACUAGAAC